UUUAUUCGAGGUAGAGGAAAAUCCAAUUUCAAUCAAAUCAGAGUACGAAGAGGUCGAUGGACAGCAUCAGCAAACAAAUGGUGAUGUUCUGGAUAAUGAACAGGAUAACCCAAAAAGCAAUCGCAAGAAACAAACACACCACUGCCCUCAUUGUUCAUCAAGCUUCGCAUAUUCACAUAGCUUAAAGAUUCAUAUUCGCACUCACACUGGGGAAAAGCCAUACAAGUGUAAAGUCUGUAACAAUGCAUUCAGGACUUCAGGCAAUCUGACAGAGCAUUCGAGAAUACACAAUAAGGACCAACAGCAUCAGUGCCCCUAUUGUUCAUCAAAGUUCGCGCAGUCUACCAAAUUGAGAAUCCACAUCCGCACUCACACCGGCGAAAUGCCAUACAAGUGUAAAGUCUGUGACAAAGCGUUCAGAUCACACCACAGUAUGGUACUUCAUUCAAAAAUUCACAACGAGGAUCAAAAGCAUCAGUGCCCCUAUUGUUCAUCAAAGUUCGUACAGUCUACCAAAUUGAGAAUCCACAUCCGCACUCACACCGGCGAAAGGCCAUACAAGUGUAAAGUCUGUGACAAAGCCUUCAAAUCACAAGGUGAUCUGGCACUUCAUUCGAAAAUUCACAAUAAGGACCAACAGCAUCAGUGCCCCUAUUGUUCAUCAACGUUCGCACAGUCAUCUAACCUAAAGAUUCAUAUCCGCACUCAUACCGGCGAAAAGCCAUACAAUUGCAAAGUAUGUGACAAUGCAUUCAGGACUUCAAGCAAUCUGGCAGAUCAUUCGAAAAUACACAAUAAGGACCAACAGCAUCAGUGCCCCUAUUGUUCAUCAAAGUUCGCGCAGUCUAACAAAUUGAGAAUCCACAUCCGCACUCAUACCGGUGAAAGGCCAUACAAAUGUGAAGUCUGUGACAAAUCCUUCCAUUCAUCAGACACAUUAGCAAAACACUCAAGAAUUCACAAUAAGGUCCAACAGCAUCAGUGUCCUAAGUGCCCUUCAAAGUUUGCCAUUUCAUCAGACUUUAAGAAUCACAUACGCAUUCAUACCGGCGAAAAGCCAUAUUAGUAUAAAAUCUGUGACAAUGCGUUCAGCACUUCAAGCAAUUUGGCACAACACUCCUAAAUUCAGUUAGAGAUGAAUGACCAUAUGCCAUAGGUCAAAGUCUCUUUAAAUGACAAGAAAAAAAACUCCUAAAUUCACAAGAAGAAUAAACCUUAUUAAACUACACUGUCCAUUCAAGUUUGCGUUUGUAGUU